AUGUUUGGUGUUAUGUUUCUGUACUCAGGCUGGCUGAUGCUGCAGUUAGCUGAUGGGAAACUGGAUCACAUCUCCAAGGGACAGGGGCUACAUAUGCAGGGUGACUUCAUGCUUGCCGGAUUCUUUCCUCUCCACUUCAAUGUUAAAGAAAGUGAUCAUUUGCCUGCUUUGUUUCCAUGCAAUACAGGAACAGCCAACCAACACGGAUUUCACAUGUUGCAAGCCAUGAGAUUUACUGUGGAACAAAUCAACAAUGGCACCAGGCAACAGCGUCUUUUACCAGGAGUGAAGCUGGGCUACCAGUUGUAUGACAGCUGCUCUAUAUCCGCAACUAUGCUGGCCACACUGGACCUGCUGGAGUAUAACAGCCUCACUAAAAGAGAGGGAGACAAAGAUCCAAACUACAACACCAGUCAAGGGGUAUUGGCUGUCAUUGGGCCGGACAGCAGCAGCAAGACUUUCAUGCCAGCUUUUUUACUGGGGUCCUAUCUUAUACCACAAAUCUCUUAUCAGUCAUCUAACGAAAUGCUGAGCAACAAGCUCCUCUAUCCCAGCUUUCACCGCACAAUUCCUAAUGACAAGAACCAGGUGGCAGCUAUGAUCCAGAUUCUGGUUCGUUUCAAUUGGACCUGGAUCGCUCUUUUAGCCAGCGACAAUGCCUAUGGCCGGGAUGGGAUACAGAGCCUGUACAAGCAAGCAUCAGACUAUGGCAUCUGUGUUGCCUACCAAGGAGUCAUCCCUAAUUUGGGACCUGACACAGUUCAGACCAUGAGGAACAUUGUGCAAAACAUAUUGAAGACCAAAGUAAACACCAUUGUUGUCUUCUCCAGCAAGACAGAACUUAGCAAAUUGAUGCCAUAUGUGCUUGAACAGAAUGUCACAGAUAAGGUGUGGAUUGGGUCGGACGACUGGGCAACAUCUUCUCUUAUAUCAGGGAUACCUGGGAUCCAGACCAUUGGCACUGUGAUUGGAGUCUCCAACAAAUUUGCAAUCAUACCUGGUUUUGUGGAGUUUGAGAGAAAGGUAUUUGAGGCUUCACUCCAACACAAUGACACAGAUAAAUUUUCUGAUGUUAGUAUGAGAAAGGAUGAUGAGUGUCUACAAAGCACAGAUCUGUACAGCCUCGCCAGGAUGAAUUUUCCUUUGGAGAAACAUGACAUCACCUCCUCCCACAACGUGUAUCAGGCGGUGUAUGCCGUGGCUCAUGCUCUGCAUUUCGCACUUGGCUGUGAUUCUGGACAGUGCCAAAGGAGGAAGGUGCAUCCGUGGGAGAUUCUCUUCUGGCUGAAGCAGGUGAAUUUCACUCUGGACAACACCUCUGUGUACUUUGAUAUGAAUGGUGAUCCUCCUACAGGAUAUGACUUAACUUGCUGGGUUUGGAGGGGGAAGAGCUGGUCUCUUAGAGACAUAGGCACCUUCAACCCAGAUCCCAUUACACUCACAAUUGAUGCUGACAAAAUUGAAUGGCACAACGCAGACUAUUCAAAACAAAUACCACUGUCCAUCUGCUCUCCUCCUUGUCCAAGAGGCCACAAGAAGCUGCUGACAGGGCAACACACAUGCUGCUUUCACUGCCAGGCCUGUCCUGCUGAUACAUUCCUCAAUAUAAGUGAUCCCACUGUAUGCCAGGUUUGUCUGCCAGAGGAGUGGUCUCCAGAGGAGAGCGAGCAGUGUCUAAGCAGGACCAUCCUGCUGCUCCACUGGGACAACCCUCUUUCCAUCGCCCUGCUCUUCUUUCUGGCCAGCUGUGUUCUCAUGACCUCCAGCUCUGCAAUAAUCCUCCUGCUCAACCUGAGCACGCCUGUGGCCAAGUCUGCCGGAGGCCGCACCUGCCUCCUGAUGCUGGCAGCCCUGACUGCUGCUGCCAUGAGCUCUUUGUGCCACUUUGGCCGGCCGUCUCCUUUGGCCUGCAUCCUCAAGCAGCCUCUAUUCAUCUUCAGCUUCACUGUGUGCCUGGCCUGCAUCACAGUGCGCUCCCUCCAGGUCGUCUGCAUUUUUAAAUUUGCAUCCAAGCUGCCACCAGCCUAUGACAAGUGGACUAAAAACCACGGGCCAGAGUUGACCAUUUUCAUUGUGUCUGUCACUGUCUUGCUCAUGUCUGUCAUCCGUGUGGCCAUCAACCCUCCAAAGCCAUCCCAGGAUCUUGACUUCUACUUUGACAGCAUUGUGUUGGAGUGCAGUAACACCCUCUCACCUGGUGCAGGCCUCGAGCUUGCUUAUGUAGCAUUGCUCAGUGUCCUCUGCUUCUCUUUCAGCUACAUGGGCAAAGAUCUGCCAGCCAACUACAACGAAGCAAAGUGUAUCACCUUCAGUCUCAUGGUGUACAUGAUCUCCUGGAUGACCUUCUUCACUAUCUACUUCAUCAGCAGAGGCCCCUUCACCAUGGCUGCAUAUGUGUUUGCAACACUCUUUAGCGUCCUGGCCUUUCUCGGGGGAUACUUCCUGCCCAAAAUUUAUAUUAUUGUGUUGAAGCCGGAAAUGAACACGACUGCACAUUUCCAGAAUUGUAUUCAAAUGUAUACCAUGAGCAAAUGA